CUGAUAGAUGGGCUUUUGAAUACAAUGCUUUAGUCUUUUACAUAUAUAGUUUGUCCAUCGUGGUUUGUUGAUGACCACUAGUCAUCCAGCUAGCUGAGGGCUUUGCACUACAGUCUUGUGUAAUAGUUAAUAUUACACUUUAAAUUGAAGUUGUAAGCGAAUAGGAGGUUACAUUGAAAUGGUGACAUUAGAGGGCCACAACUCGUAAAGACGCAACAAUAGCAUCCCGUUAGCUCAAGUCUGCAUGCCACUGGGUUGUUCCCCUUCGUUUCGUGGCGCAAUUCAAGAGUUUUAGCUUCGUCUAGUUGGUCGUGGGAAAGUGAUUUUUUCUUGGACUUCUUAUCUGUCUAUAUCGAACAAGGUGUGGAGGAUACCUGAUAAGUGUUUCGUUUUUUUUCAAAAUAAAUAAAUAGCUAAUGUUGGUGAAAUCUGAAAUUCGCUAGAAGUUUUGUUUUUCUAGUAAAACAUUCUACAGGAAAGUACUCAACAGGUGCUUAAACAAGGCAGGCUAACGCUUCAAGAUCUUUAACUAAAUGGAUGCACUGAAGUUGGCAAGUGUAUUUCAUUCCAGAAAAUAACAGGGAUUUACUUACUGCUAAGGGUGAUCAUUCACACCAGGAACGUCCAGAGUUAACUCUUCGAUCUACUGCAGUUAUUUCCCAUGGCUUGUCUGCAUGCACGGACUCCUAGUGCCCUAUAUUUAGUGUAUUUCAUUCUAUUGCUCUCCUCCUCAAGGACUUCGGCCUUUUUCGAGGGUUGGGCGGAAGAUUUAUUGGGGCCCUGGUGUGCAACGAGACCUAGGGGUCAAGAUUGUUGUGACAGUCGUAACGACGACUGCAAUGUGCCAAUCUUAGGUACAGAGUGUUACUGUGAUGUCUUCUGCAAUGCAACUGCCAAUGAUUGCUGCCCAGACUACUUCUUCCAUUGCCAUGGAUACGAGUGGUCGACCAGACCGCCCACGACCACCACUUUCUUACCGCCUAGAACAACAAGGGCGCCUCUAGGGUCUUGCUAUAAGUCUGGAAUACGUUUCUCUCAAGGGGAUGUAACACAAGACAACUGCAAAAAAUGUACCUGUGAGUCUGUAGGAGCUGGUCGCCAUGACUGGACAUGCACAGACGAUGUGUGUUUGAUACGUCCAGAACUGAUUCAAGAGAUCAAUGAUGGACCUUACACAUGGAAAGCGGGGAACUACUCCAACUUAUGGGGGCUGACACUGGACGAGGGCACUCGUUACAGGCUGGGUACUUUCAAACUCCGGGCAGACGUUGUCCGCAUGAACCCCAUCCGCAUCACACAAGAAUCUCUGCCAGAGGCAUUUGACGCCAGACAGAAAUGGCCGAACAUGCUCAGCCAGAUUACUGACCAAGGAAACUGCGCUUCAUCCUGGGCCCAUUCCACGGCGGCCCUAGCUUCGGACAGAUUAAACAUCCAAAGUGAUGGUGCCCUCAAUGAUGUUUUAUCAACACAACAUCUGCUGUCAUGUAACAGUGAUGAUCAGUAUGCUUGUGCUGGUGGAUCCUUAGACAGGGCUUGGUGGUUUCUCAGAAAAAAUGGUGUAGUCAGCGACAAAUGUUACCCCUACACCGCCACACAGUACAAUGAAAGCGUCCAGUGUCUGAUACCAACAUACAUCAAAGACGCUGAUUGCCCGAGCAAAAUUGCAUUCAAACGAGGGAAAAGAUUUAAAGCAGCACCUCCUUACAGGAUUCGACCAUCGGAAAUAGAAAUUAUGAAAGAAAUUAUGAACAAUGGGCCGGUCCAAGCUAUUCUUCAAGUCCGUGAAGACUUCUUCAUGUAUCGCAGUGGUGUCUACAAAUACAGCAAUUUGAUUCGCAAGCGCAGAGAGCCAGAGAGCCACCUCAAGUCUGGCUAUCACUCGGUCAGAAUUAUUGGGUGGGGUCUAGAACGAACACCAAGUGGGAAGGAUGUCAAAUACUGGAUUUGUGCCAACUCCUGGGGUCCACAGUGGGGCGAGGACGGUUACUUCAGAAUUGAGAGAGGCACAGACGAAAGUUCCAUCGAGAGCGCUGUGAUUGGCGUGUUGGGGACAGUGUCUGGAGACGAACAGCUGCGACUGAUCCUGGAGGCAAACAAGAGAAAAAGGGCUGGCCGAGGAAGACGUUAUCUAAGAAACUUGAAGAAACCUCUCCGAAACAAAUCGGAAAAGCUCGGUAAAUCUCGGAGCCGACGCCACAACAUCAAUAAGAUAGAGAGUUACAAUGACGACGACUUCACUACUGGAAAGAAAUUCCAUUUUUACAAAGCAAAGAGUCGAAAAGCCAAGACAAGGCCAAGACGAAAGAAGGGAAAAAAUCGCAAAUUAAUUCUCAUUAAUGAAAAGAAAAAUUAGAAAAACUAAAUGGCUAUUUUUUUAAUACUUUUUUAAGGUGCAAUUUCAUUUUAAACAAAUAUUAUUGAAUGUAAUAAGUUUUUAAAAUCUUUUAUCAAAUGUAAUCAUGGUGUGAAAAAAUGUAUGUGUGUGACAUGUAGAUGUCAUUCAACAACUAUACAAGUUCACUGUAAUCUGAAGAGCGCAAGUUUCUUUACAUGGAGACCACUUCUCUGUUUCUGCAUAGAAUGAAGUUGAUAUGUUGCAAUCCUUUUGUGUACAUUCAUUUGAUUCCUUAAACCCCCAUUAUAGAGAUGUUCACAUUAGCAGUGUUCAGAGUGACUCUCACAUGAGCUCAAAGAGACUUUCACAUGAGUUCAAAGACUCUCACAUGAGUUCAAAGACUCUCACAUGAGUUCCAAAGACUCUCACAUGAGUUCAAAGACUCUCACAUGAGUUCAAAGACUCUCACAUGAGUUCAAAGACUCUCACGUGUGUGAAAGACUCUCUCACAUAUGAACGUCUGUUCAGAGACUCACUAGUGCUUGGUUCAGCAGGGGUGUCCUCUGUUUUUGUCUGUCAUGAGCAUUGAGCUGUGGUAUGUUGUAUAUUUAUUUGACAUUAUGUAUACAAUGACUGUUAUGUAAUAUAUUCCUAUAGAAUUCUUUCACUGAAGGUAUACCUUACAGGCUAGACAGAAAUGUAUUUAUAAAUAUAUCUGACAUUGACAUUUUUUGACAAUCAAAUAUUGUUGAAUAUACUUUUUUUUCAACAGCACUAUGAGAAAAGACCUUUUGUAAUAGAUUACAUGCUUACAUCCUUAAGCAAAGAAGUUAAUUAAGUCCUAAAACCUAAUGAGGUAAAUACUUUGAAAAGUAAAGAACAAGUAACACACCUGUGUCUUUUCAUAAAAAAAUCAAGUCUUAGGAUCAUUUUGUGAAGUAUAACAGUCUACACACCCUUUGUGAAUCGAACUAUUGUAGCAUUCAUUAUUUUGAAUCGCAUUCCAUUUGUUGCAUGGCAGUUGAUUCAAUUGAUUGUGUCAACUCUUCAAUUGCGAUCUGGUCUAUGGUCACGUGUAUUCCUGUACAUCCUGAGUCAGUCAACAAGCAACUACAUGUAAUGACAGACAAAACAUUUGAGCCAAUUAGAAAGGAAUCUCUGCACAUGUUCAUUGUUUUCUUAAUCCCGUGAGAGAAACAGAAGUUAGACAGUUUCAGAAAAUGAUAUGCUUUUAUUAUAAUGGCAUUUUCAACUUUGUUGUAUUUAUGUUAUGAACUAACAAUAGGUCUAGACAUGAAAAUAAUUGUAUCCCUUUAGAAUAGAAAUUUUAAUCCCAUACUAGGUCCAUAUUGUAUGACCAGGGCUUUUUUUUGUGAUGGUACGCACCAGUAAGGCGUACCUGCAUCUUUUUUUAAUUUGUGGAAAAAAUUAUAACUUUUCUUGUAUUUUAACGUUUAUUAUUAAUUUAUUAGUUGUUAAAAGUUAGGCAAUCCAUCACUGAGAACCGGCACCUUUUUUUUUUUUUUAACAAAAAUGCACUGUGUAUGACUACAUCUUAAUUAACACAAGGAUUGAUCAAAGUAGUUGUUUUUUGUUGCUGUUAUUAGAUUGAACUUGUUUUAACAUUUAUAUGAUAUAUUCUCGCAAGUGUUUUUGAAGAAAUCAAUGAUUUACAGUGUCGUAGCUAGGAAUUGGUCAUCAUUUGAGGGCCUGGGGCGGGCUUAACCCCUUUAGGGUCCCCUGCAUUUUGACAUCUCAUGACAUGAGAUAAUAGUGUAAUAUUUAAUAUUUAUUGUAAAAAAAAUUCGAACACUCAUUUGGAGGCCCCUCGUAGGUGGGGGCCCAGGGGAGGAUUUUCUAACUCUUACCUCAUCCCUCACCAUAGCUACGCCACUGAUGAUUUAUUAGAUCUACUACUAGUACUACUACUAGUGUUAAGUAGCUGAACAUAUGUUUUAGAUUUUGUAGCGUAGUAGUACGAGGGUUAAUAAAUGUGUAAUUUUGGUCUAAUUUCUUCCAAGAAUCUACUCCUCACACUCGAAAUUGUUUGAUGUUGUCUCAAGUUUUACACCAGCAUUCACGCCUCGAUUAGUGCCACUGUUACUGUAAACCCAACCUAACAAUUUCAUUGAGCCACACCUCAAUAGUAUAAUCCCAUUAAUGGCGUCUUUUGUUUCAACGAACGUAUUUCUAGGAACACUUUAACACACCUGAGACCGGGAUGGUCAGGAGCUCUGUAUACCGAGGGCUUUCCCCAGUUGAAGAAACCCUGUCCCGGUGACCCGGUGAACUCAUUCAGUUUAGACUAUUCAAACCCAUUAAUUAACCAUCAACUCAAUGGUCUGUCUGAUACAUUUACAAAACAGACCUAUAUAAAUAUCCUAACUGGCCACGUUUUAUGAUGGGCAUCCUAGCGAUUUUUGCCACAGAUUUAGACCAGGACAUGAUAGUGAAUGUUGAUAGUCUUCUUUGAGUUUUUUUUUUCAUAAUUUUAGUUUUUCCAUAAAUAAAAAAUAGCAAAGAUCACAUUCUUAAAUGACCGAGGCCACAGACAUAUUUGGUAUUGUCAUUGUUUUACCAUUUUCAUAUCAAUAACGUUUGUUCCAUUGGGUUGAGAUUCAAAUUUUAUUUGAGCAAUAUUGGCGAUGUAUGUCAUGUGUACACUCAAACUUUCGUUGACAUGUAUGUCAUGUGUACACUCAAACCUUCAUUGACAUGUAGACGUAGAUGUAUAGUUCAACGUAUAUCUGGUUUCAAUACAUAUUUCAUACAAUUA